AUGGGCAAUACGCAGACAAAAGAAGCACGUGGGCAGGGCUCCGCUAGCUCGAGGGUUGGUGGCAGCGCGAGCCCAACCGCAAGACCAGAUGCACCAUCUAAUGGUUCAGAAGCUUCCCUUCGGGCGGUCUACUCAUCUCGCCAGCGGAGGGGAAGCCGACCUGACUUCUCCUUUCUCGGCAUCGGCGGGAGUAGUGAUCCAGACGCCUCUUCACUCGAGGCAAGGCGGGAGAACAAACAAGAGAGGGAGGCCAGAAAGGCAGAGAAAGAAAGAGUGGCAAGGCUCAAGGAGCGCGAGCGCAGCAUGAGAGAAGAGCAUGUAGAUGGAGGUUAUCUUGUGACGCAGGGUGUCUACGUUGGCCCCGAGGACUUUAACAAAGGCAUUGUUCGUCAACUCAUGAUUGAACGGCGACUGGCACCCUUCUGGAGAGGCUUAAAUGACUUUUCCGACUCGUGGGCAGAACAUCAACUCAUGGCUGCGGCCAGAGGUAUGCCAAUCCCUCCAGCCGAUGAGGUGCCUCCAGAACUCGAAUAUAGACUCACCAAAAGAACGGCUACGGAGAAGACCAAAGAGUCGUCCUUGAAGAACGCCACAAUCCCCAUCGGUCCCAGGUCGCAGUCAUUCCAAUCAGAUAGUUCAGCACGGCUAUCACUUGUUCCUCACUCACUGCCACUUCCUUCGCCCGCCUCAGCACCGCCAUCUAACUCACCAAACCCCGGUAUCUUCAGAACCAGGGCCAAAACAUUGGCCUCCUUGACCUCCUCUUCUCGAGCGAAUUCACAAUCCGACAUGACACCUAGAGAGUUCCAAUUGCCACCGGACCCAUUCGUCAAUGGUCAACCGAUUGAGGUCUAUCUGUACAAAGACGCAACGGAGUGCCCGAUUUGUUUUCUUUAUUAUCCUCCGUACCUCAAUACCACUCGAUGCUGCGAGCAGCCAAUCUGUUCGGAAUGUUUCGUCCAAAUUAAACGCCCCGAUCCACAUCCUCCCGAACAUGAGCAGUCAGAUCCCAAUACUCCACCUGUUUCCGAAGCCGAGCCCGAAGCACAAGCAGAAGGCCUCCUUGUAUCUGAGAUUGCGACAUGUCCUUAUUGUAAGACUCCGGAUUUUGGUAUUACCUACACACCGCCCCCUUUCCGAAGGGGGCUUACGUACGGAACCGGAUCUCAGCCAUAUCAGGUCAUGUCGGCGAUGUCGUCGCAAACCUCGAUCUCCUCAGGCAACUUGUCUCCCGGCCCUGGUCGACGGCGUGGCACUUCUCUUUCUGCGAAUGCCCCCGAAGUGAUCACCACAGACAAAAUUCGCCCGGACUGGGCGACCAAGCUGGCGAGCGCCCGUGCUCAUGCGGCCCGGCGUUCUGCAGCAGCUACUGCAUUGCACACGGCAGCCUAUCUGAUGAAUGGGCAGGGCAGCGAGCCUCGACCUUUUACAACUUUCAGCCGCAGAAACAUGCUCCGACGAACGACCUUGGAAAGCACAGAGACUGGGCCCAACUCAAACUUGAGCGCUCUGGCGAUGUUGGCGGAGAGGCAUACUACGCCUCAACAGGAACAGACAACUGCGGAGUCGCGGAAUCCAUUCCUGCCACCACCUCGAGGUAGCAGUUCUCGCCGGAGUCGGAUGGAUGACCUAGAAGAUAUGAUGAUGAUGGAAGCCAUUAGGUUGAGCCUAGCAUCCGAGGAGGAACGCCGCAGAAAGGAGGAGAAGGAGGCUCGCAAAGAAGCAAAGAAAAAGGAAAAGGAGGGUAAGAAGGCGGAAAAGUCUGCUCGCAAAAACAGUCUCUUCACUCUGAACUCCACCACCAGCAACGGCGACGGAUCUAGCAGCAUCAUGGAAAGGUCUCGCAGUAAUCUCUCACUGGGCCUGGACGACGAAUCUGCUGCGGGCAAAGGGAAGGCAGUCGAUCGGAGCGAAACUCCCCUGUUGCAAGGACUGAGUGUUGCUGAAGAGGAGACCCCCCGACCAUCUUCUAUCCCUGCUCUGUCUCUUUCUGACACCAGCCAAGAAUCCGUGGCAUCUUCGAUUCCGGUUCCUCUUGCAGCUGAGCCAUUCCGACGGUCACAUCUGCGGCAAAUGUCCACCGCUUCGUCCGCGUCUUCUUCAUUUGUCGAUUCUGGUCAGGCAGGCACCUUUUCUGGUUCUGGGACUCCUCCUCCCGGAAGCCUUGAGCCAAUGUUCAAUUUCCGAAGCUUGGCCGCAAUGAUUGGUGAGGACGAGAAAGGAGAGGACAGCACACAUGUGGAACACGUCGAUGGUGAGCACUUUCAUGGCUCUCUUGGUGACAUUCACGACCAGACAGCUUUGGCCAAAGCCAGGGAGUCCGCAGCACCCAAGGACAUGAGCUCUGAAUGGUCUUCAGACUCUGAUACGGGGGGAAAUGGAGAAGUGCCCUCGGACGAGGGCAAAAGCAAGCCUGUCGUUGGGACCUCGUCAGCAUUGUCGGAAGUAUCAAAGUGA